AAACCUCAUAAGAGUGGAGAAAAACCUGCUGUAAGAAUCCAUAGCUGCAGAAAACAACCUUUCUUAGCAUGAAUUUUACAAUGGGUAACAUCACAUCUUCAAACAGGAAUUCAAUUCCUCCCAACAACAUAACAGCAACAACAUUAUUCAAACAGGAGCCAAAAGUUAAAAAAAAGCAGGUGACGUACAGAAUUCCAGCUCUCAUCUACAGCAGUGCCGAAAAAACCUACCUUGCCUUCGCUGAAAAGCGGGACACUCCUGAAGAUAUUGAUGCAAAAGUGCUUGUGAUGAGAAGAGGAUUGUGGACGAAUGACACGGACGUUGAGUGGCAGAGUGGUCACCAGGUGCUCAAUUUAGCUCUUCUACCAAACCACCGCAGCAUGAAUCCAUGUCUGGUCUAUGAGAAAGAUUCUGAUACGCUCUUCCUGUUUUUUAUUUGCAUUCCCUUUGGUGUCUCUGAAUCUGAUCAAAUAAACAAUAAAAAGAACCAGACACAACUUUGUUACACAACCAGUAAGGACACUGGCAGAAGCUGGAGUGGCAUUACGAACUUGAAAGAUGUGAUCAGUGAAGAGGAGAAAAACUGGGCCACCUUUGCUGUUGGACCAGGACAUGGUGUUCAAAUGAAGAGUGGGAGACUGAUUAUCCCAGCAUGUGUGCAUUAUUUUCAUUCCGAAGAUCCUUCAUCCUCCCCUGUAUCACGUGCAUUUGCUUUCUAUAGCGAUGAUAAAGGAAGCACUUGGAAUGUAGGAAAACCAAUGGAAGAUCUGUGGUCUAAUGAGUGUCAGAUGGCUGAGGUCGAAGAUGGCAAACUGUACUGCAAUGCCCGAAGUACAUUCAAACACAGAGUCGAGGCUCUAAGCAAGAAUGGUGGAAAACAAUUUGACAAGCCUACAUGUUCACAGCUGAUAGAUACUGGGAAUGGUUGCCAAGGCAGUGUGCUGAAAAUGAUUUCCUCUGAUCAGAGUCCAUGGCUGCUCUAUUCUCAUCCAUCUGAUGAACAAAAGAGAAAGGAUCUCACAAUCUAUGUGAAUAAAUCACUGUCCAAUACCAUGCAAUGGACAACCAUGCAGUGCAUCAAUAAAGGUCCAAGUGGAUACUCAGAUCUGGCAGAGUGUGGGGAUCAAAAGUACAUUGCCUGUCUCUUUGAAUGUGGUCAGAAUAGUGAAAUUGAAAAGAUAGCCUUCAACCUUUACAAAAUCUAAGUUCAUGUUGCAAAAAAGGGUUGUCUUUUAAUGUGAUUUUUAUUUUAUUAUUAUUUUUUUUUUGGCUAGAGUUAAUUGGUUUAUUAAUGAAAAUAUCUGAAUGUCAAAAAAUCAAGUUGGAAAUACUUUGUUUUUAAAAAUUCAAAUAGCCAAUGAUCAUAAACCACCAAAUAUGCUUUUAUUAUUUUAACUCCCAAUUAUUUCCUGAAUAUUCCAUUUAAACCCUAUAUAUUCCAUUCACCUGAGUUAUUCAAUAUGUAAACAGUAAACAUAUUUUCAUUCGU